AUGGCGCUGCAACCACUCAUCGCAAUUUUGGGAACGACUGGUGUUGGAAAGUCAAAUUUGGGCGUCGAACUCGCCUUACGGUUGAGCCGCGGAGCCUCAAGUCAUUGGAAAGGCGCGAAAAUUAUAAAUGCUGAUUCCAUGCAGGUUUACACUGGGCUUGAUAUCAUCACUAACAAGAUUCCCGAGGCGGAGAAGCAAGGAGUAGAACAUCUUCUCAUGGACUUCAAGAAGCCUGGCGAUCAGUAUGUUGUUGGAGACUUUGUGCGUGAUGCAUUGAAACUGAUACACGAAAUUCACGAAAGACACGAAAUCCCUAUUGUUGUUGGUGGAACUUCAUAUUGGAUCCAGCAUUUGAUGUUUCCAAAUCGUCUGACGGGCCCCAAUGCACCACAAUCCGCUGCGAACUCCUUGAAUAGUUCUGACUGCCUACCAGAGGAACCUCCUUCGGCAAAGACCAAUCCUGAUGAAGCAUUUGAUCUUCAUCGUCUUCUAUGUCUCCUUGACCCUCCCGUGGGUAACCGUUGGCACUGGCGAGAUACACGGAAAGUUUUACGGUCCCUCAAUAUCAUCCUCGAGUCUCGUCGAAGAGCAAGCGAUAUUUUCUUCGAUCAGUCUAGAGAGACUGGAUCUUGCAAGCCAAGAUUUCGUACCCUCUGCUUUUGGCUUUAUGCGGAGCCCUCACGCCUGAGACCACGUCUUGAUAGUCGUGUUGAUGAGAUGAUUAGGAAAGGACUUCUGGAUGAAAUACGCUCUUUGCGUACCAUUGCGGAAGCUGCGAUAUCGCGUCCCACAUUCGAAAGAGCUUUCCGAUGCUGCUCAGGAUAUAAAGAAUUUAAUGCAUACCUUACUUCUCCGACCGAUCUUCUCUUCAAAGAAGCCGUCGAUCUCAUGAAACUCUCAACAAGGCAAUAUGCUAAAAAACAAAUCUCUUGGAUGCGCAACAAGUUGCACCCAGCUGUUUUGCAAGCAAAUGCCGAAGAGCUUACUACACCUUUAUAUCUCUUGGAUGCCACCGGUCUGUGA